UUAAGCGGUAUGAGGUGGUACCUCAUUGUAAUUUUGAUUUGCAUUUCUCUGAUUAUUAGCAAUGAUGAGCAUAAUUUUGUGUGCCUGUCAGCCUGUAUGCCUGUGUCUGUCUUCUUUGGAAAAACGUCUAUUUAGAUCUUCUGCCCAUUCUUCAAUUAAGUUUGUUCAUUUUUUAUUAUUGAAUUGCAUGAGCUGCAAACAGAUUAAUUUCACAUGUCUUCCUGGUAUUAUAGUUCUGUUCCAGCUAGUACACACUUCUAGAAGUCACCCUAAUCCUGCAUUUCAGUUGAUCAUGGACUCCCUGGACAGCACCUGCCAUGUCUGAGGCACUGCACUUGACUUCUGUCUUGGCUCCCCCAGGCUGUGUGAGGCUUCUGCUAUGACUGCAGUCUCUUCUCGGAGCCAGGACUGCCGCUCGCCGCCCCGGCCACGCCAGGUCCCCGCUCUGCGCCCGCUGUCCCCGGCGCCCGUGUCAGCAUGGGCAGUGUCAGCAGCCUCAUCUCCGGCCACGGCUUCCACAGCAAGCACUGCCGGGCCUCGCAGUACAAGCUGCGCAAGUCUUCCCACCUCAAGAAGCUCAACCGCUAUUCAGACGGGCUGCUGAGGUUUGGCUUCUCCCAGGACUCGGGGCAUGGCAAGUCCAGCUCCAAAAUGGGCAAGAGCGAAGACUUCUUCUACAUCAAGGUCAGCCAGAAGGCCCGGGGCUCCCACCGCCCUGAUUACACGGCACUGUCCAGUGGGGACCUAGGGGGCCAGGCAGGGGUGGACUUCGACCCAUCCACCCCACCGAAGCUCAUGCCUUUCUCCAAUCAGCUGGAGAUGGGUUCCGAGAAGGGUGCCGUGAGACCCACGGCCUUCAAGCCAGUGCUGCCACGGUCAGGCGCCAUCCUCCACUCAUCGCCUGAGAGCACUGGCCACCAGCUGCAUCCCGUGCCUCUGGACAAGCCCAAGGAGCAGGAGCUGAAGCCCAGCCUGUGCUCUGGGGCACUGUCCGACUCCGGCCGGAACUCCAUGUCCAGCCUGCCCACCCACAGUACCAGCAGCAGCUACCAGCUGGACCCGCUGGUCACUCCGGUGGGGCCCGCCAGCCGGUUUGGGGGCUCAGCCCACAACAUCACACAGGGCAUUGUCCUCCAGGACAGCAACAUGAUGAGCCUGAAGGCCCUGUCUUUCUCUGACGGGGGCAGCAAGCUGGCCCACGCAAGCAAGGACAAGGGCUCCGUGCGCUCCCCCAUCUCCACGGACCAGUGCACCAUCCAGGAGCUGGAGAAACAGCUGCUGGGGAGGGAGGGCGAGCUGCGGAGGCUGCACCGCAGCUUCGAGGAGAAGGAGCCGGCCGCCAGCCAGCCUCACGAGGAGCGGCCGCGGCGUGGCAAGGACGAGCUGGAGGGGCUGGAGGCCAAGGGCAAGCUGAAGGUGGCCGCGCAGAAGAGCCAGCGCGCCCAGCAGGUCCUGCAUCUCCAGGUGCUCCAGCUGCAGCAGGAGAAACGGCAGCUCCGGCAGGAGCUCGAGAGCCUCAUGAAGGAGCAGGAUCUGCUGGAGACCAAACUCAGGUCUUACGAAAAGGAGAAGACCAGCUUUGCCCCCGCACUGGAGGAGACGCAGUGGGAGGUGUGCCAGAAGUCCGGCGAGAUCUCCCUCCUGAAGCAGCAGCUGAAGGAGUCCCAGACAGAGAUCAACGCCAAGGCCAGCGAGAUCCUCAACCUGAAGGCCCAGCUGAAGGACACGCGGGGUCGGCUGGAGGGUUUGGAGCUGAAGACGCAGGACUUGGAGAGCGCGCUGCGCACCAAGGGCCUGGAGCUGGAGGUCUGCGAAAACGAGCUGCAGCGCAAGAAGAACGAGGCGGAGCUGCUGCGGGAGAAGGUGAACCUGCUGGAGCAGGAGCUGCUGGAGCUGCGGGCCCAGGCCGCCCUGCAGCGGAGCCGGGACGCGGCCGCGCUGGGUCCCGCCCCCGCGGACGACGUGCCCGCCCUGCAGCGCGAGCUGGAGCGGCUGCGCGCGGAGCUCCAGGAGGAGCGGCAGGGGCACGACCAGAUGUCGUCCGGCUUCCAGCACGAGCGGCUGGUGUGGAAGGAGGAGAAGGAGAAAGUGAUCCAGUACCAGAAGCAGCUGCAGCAGGGCUACCUGGCCAUGUACCUAGCAACCCUGCAGCCGGCCAGACCUCCAGCUUUGCCAAGAGAGGAGUCCUGGGAUCAUCAAGAUUUGCCGUUCACCUCGCCAGCCAGCUCCUUGGCCUAUUACACACGGCCUCAUUGGCUGGAGACCAGGGUGGCUAUUGUCACCACCCCCAGGCCUCCCAGCUAG